AUGUCUCGUCUUAGGGGUUUCCGCGCCCGUUUAGCUAAAUUAACGGCCAUUGAGGACAACAAGACCGCCCUAAUCCAGGAUCUCAUCAACCAGGUACAGUCGCUGGAGGAUGGAUUAUCUGAUGCCCAGCAGCAGCUAGAUCGUGAGCGCCGCGUAUCGGAUAUGUUCCAGCGAUCCGAUAAGGAAAAAGAAGCUGAACUUCGCCGGAUCCACCAACGGCUAUCGCAAAUGAAUUACGUAUCCGUGUUGAUCGACGGUGAUUGCAUGACUUUCAUCGACGAGCUCCUUAGAGCAGGUGAGACUGGUGGUCGCCAGGCUGCUCGCUUGCUCAAGGCCAGCAUAAUUGAGCACCUUCGUGAGAAGUUUCCCAAGGUGCCAGCUAGUGUGAAGAUCCUAAUCAGGGUCUACGCGAACGUGAAAGGUCUUGCCAAGAGUUAUUCCGAGGCCAAGGUUAUAUCCAAUCCCGCCGAGUUCGACUCGUUCGUGAACGGUUUCAAUAAAGAAGACGCGCUCUGUGAUUUUGUGAACGCUGGCGAUGGAAAGGAAUGCGCCGAUGAGAAAAUCAAAGUUACCUUUAAAAUGAGCAUUGAAAACAUUCAGUGUUGUCACGUAGUCUUUGGUGGAUCUGCUGACAACGGGUACGCGCGUCUCCUUGGUCCAUACAGUGACUCGACAAACGUCACGCUUCUGGAAGGCCCGCCUUUCGCAAACGAACUCAGAGAACUAGCGAUCCACCUCCCGACAAUUUAUUGCCCGAAAGUGUUCCGAACAACGAAACUUGAUACUCUGAAGCCUUCGUUUGAUCUUACUCCUCCAAGGACUCCAGCAUCAGAGAAGUCAGACAUUACGAACUACGCCACAGUAGCUUCAAGAAAAGGUCAGACCAUGGUCCCAGAGCAGCCUCUCACAGUAGGAAAGGGGGUUGCGUCAAUUACUGGGAAAAUUGCCCGUAACGCCGCCGGGCAGAGGAUCGACGUGGAUCUCAAUUGCUCGAGUGCCGACAUGAAGGCUAUGAAAGCUAAGAAGUAUUGCAACGAGUACCACAUUCUUGGCCGGUGCAAGUAUAAUAAUCUCCGCAAAGGUUGUUUGUUCGGGCACGGUAUAAGGGUUAAGGGGAAGGAGCUGGAGGCCUUGCGGGCAGCAGCAAGACUCUCCGCUUGUCCCAAUGGGGUUGUUUGCAAGGAUACGGAGUGUAUCUUAGGACAUCGUUGUCUCAAGAGUCAAUGUAAGCAGGACAGAUUCUGCUUCUUUCCUCCUACUAUGCAUUUUGUUGAUACGAAGAUCAUGACCUGGGAAGCGUAG